CUUCAGUUCAACCGGCGACGUCAUGUCACUGAAAACCGCGACCAUAGUGUGCUUAUUCGCACUGGCCCAAUCGGCCACCAUCCAGCAGAGAAACAUCCCCGUCGAAGUCAAAUACGAUGAAACUGCUAAAGUUACAAGUCUGGACGAAAAAAUACAGACCGAACUCGCGGAUUCCGCCAGUGAGGUCGCUUCUGUGGAACAGAAAAACGACGGGGUGAGGAACCUAGACGAAAAAAUACAGCUCUCUCCAGAGGACCUAACUCAGGCGUCGAAGCACCUUCCGGUGGUGGAGGAGAUCUCUCUGAAGAACCUAGAAGAAGUUGCCCGUUCUGAGGAAGUUACUCCCGCACCUACCAGCCUUCAGAGCGUCCUGCAGCAAGCAGAAGAAGUCAUCUACAGCGGUUUGAAGAAGUUGCGAAACUCAUUCAAGGCGGAGAAAGAUCAACAGGCUCCUAACUCGGAACAAUGGGACGAUUUUGAGAAGUCAGUCAACAAGUACCUAGACGAUGAGAAGACCAAGCUGCAGUUGAAGCAAGAACAGCCUCCUCAGAAUCAGAACAUCUUUCAGAACAUAGCGCAAGGGUUCCAGACGGUGGCCAACAAUUUUGUGCAGAAUCUGGUCGGAAACCAGAAUGCCACGAAUUUGGGUGACGAACAGCAAGGGGGACAAGCGCAGGGACCCUUCCAGGGAUUCGUCAGCUUCUUUCAGAAUGGUGUUGGUAAUGUAGUGAAUACGAUUAACGGCUUAGGCAAUCAGGGAGCCACAACAACGAACGUCAACUUGAGCGAUACAGGCACCGCAACUACCCAGGCUCCAAAUUUAGUGUCCAACCUAGUCAGCAAUGUCCAACAAUUUUUCGGUCAAAUUCAGGGCGCUGUGCAGGGUAGUGGUGGCUCUAGUGGAACACAAGGUGACACAGGAGUCAAUAGUACCUCAUCUAGUUCACCACAACGUCCUGGACAAAUCAUUCAAUCGAUUGGUACUGCCAUUAACCAGUUCAUUCAAGGAAGGCCACCAAACUCCUCCGGAGAUGAGGGAACAGGAACAACGGAAGGAAACGUGGGCAUAAUUCAAAGUAUUGGAAACGUCAUCCAGAACAGUCCUUUGAAUCCAUUCCGACCACCCCAAAAGCCAGCUGAGGGAGGUGCUACCACUUCCAACCCUAUCCAAGCUGGUAUAUCCAGCGCGCAGAACAUCGGAAACCAAAUCGGAAGCCAAGUUCAGCAACUGAUCCCAGGACAGGCCAGCAGCACCGAAGCCGCCAAAACUCAGGAAGCCGAAAAAGUGCAAACCGAACAAGUGGAACAAUCCACCCAAACCGCGGAAGUAGCCAGUAACGAGGUAGCGCCUCAGAAAGCUAAAGGAUUUAACUUGGAAGCAGUUGAAAACGAACUAGAGAAGAAGGAAGAAUUGACACCGGAGGAAGUGAAAGGGGAAGAAGUGAAGCAGCAGAUGGAAGAGCAGGUGAAGCAGGAGGAAAUCAAGGAGGAGAUAAGACAGGAAGAGAUGAAGGAGAAGGUUGAAGAGAAGAACGAAAUGGCGGAGAAGAAGGAAGAAAUAAUGGUGACUGCUGAAUAAAUGCCAUAUCUAGAUUGAAUGAUAACGGGGUAAAUUAAGUUUAGGUCUUAUUUAUUUUAAAUUAUUUGUUGGUACUGAAUAGAAACAUUAGUAGUAAAA